CCUCCCCCCCCGCCCGGGGAUCCGGGCAGAAGACUCUUAAGGGGGCCCACGGCGCAGCGCGAGGCCAGUUCGAGAACGCGACCCUAACACUAACAUCCGGUGUAUUCCGAGAGUCGGAAACGGAAACGGCUGCUUGAUCGAUUAACCGCCACAACAUGAAGAUCGCUCUGCUGCUGCUGCUGGCCGUCCCAGCCUUUGCCUCAGCCCAAAGGAUCACAACGAUCCAGCUGGACGGAGUGCAAUACUUCGUGUCGAGGAUGAACCCUUACAGCCCUGAACUGAACUACUUCCUGGCCUACCAAUACUGUCGCUCCCUGGGCCUCCAGCUGGCCUCGUUCGAGACAAAAGAAAAGGCUGACACGAUGACGCAGUACUUGAAGAACGCCGGUUACGUCAAAUACGAUUUCUGGACAUCGGGCAACAAGCUGGGCACGGACAUGUUCCUGUGGAUGAGCACAGGCCUGCCUUUCAACGCCACCUUCGACUACAUGUUGAGGCGACCUGGCAACAGACCCGCGGACGUUCCACCUGGCACGGAACCCCAACGAGUAGCGCGCGAAAGCGGCGACAGCGGCAGCGCGGACGGAUGCGUGGCGAUGGUGGCGCCCACGUUAGCCUGGGAAGCCCAGGACUGCACCCUGGUUAAGGACUUCAUCUGCGAGCAAACAAGAUGCUACUACUACAAUUACGGCAGCAUUCCAGUCUCUGCGACUCAGGGGAACCGCAGACCCUACGUAACAACCACCCUGGCGCCAGCCAGCGACGACCAGGUCGACCACGAGGAAACAAAGGACAAGAACGACGAGACGCAGGUGACCAUCGACGAGAACGCAACACCGGAAGAGGAUAGCACCGUGGACGAGAAGUUACCUGAAGACCCGGUCGUCAGCAGGCUAAUUACCACAGCCGUUCCCGCAUCUGACAAGCGACAGCAAGCCUUCGCCCCGUCCACGUCCUCGCCAGUCGUCACCGAGGAGGAGCCAGCUAGCGCCGAGUUGGACAACAACAACGCGAGGCCCGACCACCUCCCCGACAUCGCGAGCCUCUUCACCGACGGUCCAGCGCCCCAGGCGAGAAAGGAGAACGUGUUCGAGGGUCUGCAGACCCGGGAGGUCCAUCGUUCGUCCCUUCGAUCCUCCUCCGACAUGAAGGUCGAGCACAGAGAGUCUGGCGACUACUUCGAGACCCAAUCUGAGACCGAAUCACCUAACAACGGGCUCGAGGACGCUCACACGGUCGGGCCGUACGACAGCGUGCAGGAUUACUACGCCAACGACCAACCGGAAGCGGCGGAGACGUCGAUGAUGAAGGACCAGGACGACGACAGCAGCACGAACCUGCCAGAGGCGGAACCGGCCUAUAGGUACAACAUAAAAGUGCGCACCAACGGCAAAGUAUUAGACCCUCCGUCCAAGUAAACGCUUUAAAAACCCUUUAGGCAUUAUCAAUAAGUGAAGCAAACGAGAAUUUUCGAGGAACUAGACAUGUAUCGUGUGUGUAUCGUGGUCAUCGCGCGAGGAACAGUCGCGACAAUCAUCGCUCAUCGUUCAUUCCGAUCCAAGGAACCUAUCGACAUCGAGACUUUUGGAGGCUCCAGAGUCAUUGGAAGCCCCCCGAUUGAUAAAAAUCGAAUCCCAAGCAUUUUGUUAGAAAUUGUAAACGGGUCUCCAAAACUAUCGACGAUCGUUCUCGCAAGGGCAUUCUACUCCGUGGCACUGGCGGACAUAUCGCGCGCUCGUCAUCGCAAACUUUUCUAUCCUUCGAUCGCCUUCCAUCGAAGUUAGCUGUUCGCUCUAGGCACUUAGAUGAUAACACGAACGUGAGAAAUGCGUGGGAUCUCAGGCAUUAAGGUAGAGAGACGAAUCAAAGGAGAACUAUUAUCGUUAAUAACAUUUUGGUGUAGGGUUGGGGGUCCGUCAGCGCCACUUCAUCACCUAUUGGAGCAAUUCAUCUUAGUUAAUAUUAUCCGUACGCCCGCAAGACGAAACGUUUCGCAACGAAAAUGGCUUCCAGAUCGAAACGUCUCGGUCAUCCGGAUAUACGACGCGUAGUUCGUCAUCGCGAAAUGGUUCUCUAACUGCUACGAUAAGUCACCAUGAUAUUUCAGUAUCAUUAAAACACGGCGCGAAUGUGUAACUUGUGUAAUUAAAUAUUAAUAAAGGUACGAAUACAUUCUUAAAGUACCGAAUUC